CCCCGGUGCAUCCUCGGGCCCUCCGCGGGCGCGGUGGGGCGCAGGCUGCCGCCUCGGCGCUGCCAGCACCGGGCCCACCUGGCGGCACGUGCCAGGUGCGCCCCCGCGCGCUCCAGACCCCGGCCCCGGCGGGGUGGCGGCGGGGCGGGGCGCGCCAGGCCACGCCCCGGGGCGGUGCCGGGGGCGCCCCUGUCCGCGCCCCUAGGCCGCAGGGUGCGCGCCGCGUCGCGCCCCUGGCGGAGCUCUGGGCCAUGGCUGCCGCCGAGCCCAAGCCCCCCGCGAGGGCGGACGCGGCCAGGCUUCUGGCCCGGGGCUGCUGGUCGGCGUUCUGGGACUACGAGACGCCCAAGGUGAUCGUGGUGAAGAACCGGCGCCUGGGCGUCGUGUACCGCGCGGUGCAGCUGCUCAUCCUGCUCUACUUCGUGUGGUACGUGUUCAUCGUGCAGAAGAGUUACCAGGACAGCGAGACGGGCCCCGAGAGCUCCGUCAUCACCAAGGUCAAGGGCAUCACCUUCUCCGAACACAAAGUGUGGGACGUGGAGGAGUACGUGAAGCCCCCCGAGGGAGGCAGCGUGUUCAGCAUCAUCACCAGGAUCGAGGUCACACCCUCCCAGACCCUCGGAACCUGCCCAGAGAGUAUGAGGGUCAGCAACGCCACCUGUGACUCGGACAAGGACUGCGUGGCCGGGCAGCUGGACAUGCUGGGAAACGGCCUGCGGACCGGGCGCUGCGUGCCCUACUACCAAGGCUCAGCCAAGACCUGCGAGGUGUCGGGCUGGUGCCCGGUGGAAGAUGGGGCCUCUGUCAGCCAAUUUCUCGGCAAGAUGGCCCCAAAUUUCACCAUCCUCAUCAAGAACAGCAUCCACUACCCUAAAUUCCAGUUCUCCAAGGGCAACAUAGAGCACCGGAAGGACGGCUACCUGAAACGCUGCACGUUUGACGAGGUCUCUGACCUCUACUGUCCCAUUUUCAAGCUGGGCUUCAUUGUGGAACAGGCAGGGGAGAACUUCACAGAGCUGGCACAUACGGGUGGCGUCAUUGGGGUCAUCAUCAACUGGGACUGUGACCUGGACCUGUCAGCGUCAGAGUGCAAUCCCAAGUACUCCUUCCGGAGGCUUGACCCCAAGCACGUCCCAGCCUCGUCUGGUUACAACUUCAGGUUUGCCAAAUACUACAAGAUAAACGGCAGCACCACCCGCACACUCAUCAAGGCCUAUGGGAUCCGCAUUGACGUCAUCGUGCAUGGACAGGCAGGGAAGUUCAGCCUGAUUCCCACCAUCAUUAAUCUGGCCACAGCACUGACCUCCAUCGGGGUGGUAAGGAAAUGCAUGCUGGGCACUGGGCGGGGGGGUGGGGGGUGGGGGGGGUCCUUGGUAGUGGGAGCGGGAGGGGUGGUGUCUCCUAGGCCCUUACAUGUGGGUCUUGCCGGCCCGGGCUCCUUCCUGUGUGACUGGAUCUUGCUGACAUUUAUGAACAAAAACAAGGUGUACAGCCAUAAGAAAUUUGACAAGGUGUGCACGCCGAGACGCUCCCCUGGUAGCUGGCCUGUGACUCUGGCUCUUGUGUUGGGCCAGGCCCCUCCCCCACCCCAUCCCUGCUCUGCAGACCUAGGCCAGGCAGGCCAGGCUCUGGCUGCCCCGCCCCCAUGGCUUUGCCCCACCUCUGCCCCAUCCAAGCAGAUGGUGGACCCUCCUGAGCAGACUGCAGAACCAGAGCUGUCCACCUCCGAACCUUCCCGGCAGGACUCCACACUCACAGACCCCCGAGGUUUGGCCCAGCUCUGA